UCUUACCCCAGAACAUUCCAUCAACUCCACCUUCCCCAGAAUGCCUCAGCCCAGAAGCCUCGCCCACAAGCACUCGUCCUUCGUUCCCUCCUCCUCCUCCUCCUCCCCCCAGCGUCGCCCCGCCCAUGUGGCCACGCCCACCUCCGUGCUCCUGGCGGUGUCGCUAGUGCUGUCGCUGUGCCCCUGGUCCGUGUGCGGAUUCCCGCGGGAGAGGCGCCAGUACUUCACCUCCUGCUGGGGCUGGGGGGCCAGCUGCUCCCUCCACCCGGCCGGCCGCGGUCAGCCUCCCCCUCUGGCCAUCAGCAGACCCAUCCAGCGUCAGCAGCCCUCGCCCGUGCAGCAGGAGCAGCAGCAGCCCAUCAGCAAGGCCAGGACCAGGGCGGGCAUACCCAGCAUUGUCACGUCAGGU